CUCAAAUUGCCUAUCCUCUGUGGUGGUCAUAUUUACAGAAAUAUAAUUAAACGUUUAUGUUUUCGGCUGAAGGCCUUUGUUUCCAUGGCCAGAAAUAAUUUUAAAAAAACCUACAUUUAUUUUCCGUGCACGCAUUUCUCGUUUUCCCAUCCUAUUUGUGCAUCCUAUACAUGACAUAGAUGUUGUUCUUGUUCAACAAUAACUUACCGCAUUCCUCGAAACCAUCGAAACUGAAACUGACCCAAGCCCAGUUAAGUAGUUUGUGCCCAACCAAGCGUGGUGGCUGCCAUUUAAGGAAAUAAUAAUAACACAACACAGCACAAAACUUGACUUAUUGUUUGUGUUCCAUGUCCGGAUUUUUUUUAUUUAAAUGUGUGAUUGAGAAAUAGUUAUUAUUGCUACAAAUAUAUUUACUUACUACCGAUUUGAAAUUUGAAAAGUCGCGUGUUGGAAAUGGGCCCCCCACCAGUUGUUACUGGAAUAUCGCCGAAGGAAGGCCCUCCUGGCACUAGGGUAACGAUAAGAGGAGAAUUUUUAGGCACCACUGCAAACGAUUUAAUUGGUUUGAAAAUAUGUGGUUGUGACUGUUUAUUAUCCGCGGAAUGGAAGAGCAAAAAUAAAAUAGUGGCGCGAUCGGGCCCGUGCAAAGGACGUGGAGAUAUUAUAGCUACAACACGAUCUGGAGGAGAGGGAACAUCUACUGUUCAGUUUAGAGGCUACCACGAGUCCAUUGGGCCAGUGAAAGAGAGUGCAGUAUGGGUGGAAGAGGCAGCUCCUCCUUCCUUGCCUUGGGGUCGGAGGCCCAUGUCACCCACAGCCUACACACCUCCUGACCCAUUAGGGUUAUCUACUGAAGGAGAAGACUGCAAGUUCCCAGAGGACGAACUCAAUGAAUUGUUUCCUGAUGGGUCAGGCAAGCUGUCUGAUGAGAACUUUCAACCUGGUUGGUAUCUCCUGGAGCACCACAGCAAUACCUCCUUUGAAGACCUAAGAGCUGGCAUGGUCUUUCUACAGAGGAAGGUGGAAAGUCAAAAGGAAGGGCAACUUAGUUUCCUCAAGGCAAACACAGGUGCUGUAAUGGAUCAACUGGACAGAUUGGUGCUGCUUAAGAAUAUGUUCGAAGAAGACCAGCGGAAGAAUGGCAAGGAGCCUUUGCCUAGUUUACAGGCAGCUAUUGAAGAAUCUAUAACACUAGCAGAUUCUCUCUUCUCCGAAAUUUUGUCGCGGAAGGAGAACGCGGAUAAAACCCGUGAGGCACUUUCCUUGCUCACAAGACACAAGUUCCUCUUCCAACUACCAGCGUCCAUAGACAAGAAUAUCAGGAAGAAAGAAUAUGACCUUGUUGUGAAUGAUUAUACUAGAGUGAAAAAUUUGUUUGGAAACACAGAUGUUAAGCUGUUCCAGAAAAUUCUAGCUGAAAUCGAUAAGAAGAUAGAGGAUUUGAAGGAGAAGUUACACACUAGAAUGAAAACGAUGCCCAUCAAUGUCCAAGAACAAACAAAAUACAUUAGGUUAUUAAUAAGCCUAAACUGGGAAGGCGACGCGGCGUGGAUUGCGAUCACGAGCCGCAAAGACUACCUCAUGGGCCUCAUGAACAAGGUCAAGGAUCACUUUAAGCAGAAAGAGGAACAAGAAAGUAAUGAGAAAGGCAAGCGCAAACAAAAGGAAAGUGAAAACGAAGGGCCAUGGAGUAUGACACGAGCAGCGUGGUGUGGGGCGGCGUGUGGAGCCUUGGCUUCGGAACUGAACGCGCUGUGGCCCCUUGCGAGGAGAUAUUUCGCGGGCGAGCUCGGCGGAGAGCCCACCGCACCGCAGCGACAUUCUAAUCUUAAGGAAAUGAUAAUAGCAGCCGUGGAGGUCUUUAGCGAGCAUAUGCGCGAGUGUCUGCUAAGCGGCGGGGGGAGUGUGGCCGGAGGAGGGGCUCUACCGGUGGAUGUGCUGCGCACGCGUCUGCUCGCUAACCUGCGACAUCUGCGCGAGGCUUAUGAUUCGUUGCUUAAACUUGACUUGCCUUCGCAGCCACUGAGUAUAGUAGAAAAGGUGAUAUUCGAAUACCGCGUGCACGGCAUGGUGGUGUUCCUCCAACGAGCUUUGCGUCGGGUUAAAGGGCUCGCUGAUGCAGAGACGUGGAAGGUCGAGCAAUUCUCUGACUACGGCGCCAUCACCAUACUUCCCCAUCUGCUAGAGACAUACAUGAACGAGGCGUUAUCUUCGAUCCACAAGUGCGUAUUAACAAGUGGUCGUCGCGAGAGCGCGUUACUGGCUGAUGGUAGCGAACCGGCCGCACAGUUACUCAAACACACGCAGCAGAUACUGCUCGCCUUUGUCGCUGUGCUUCGGGACCUCGCCUUGCAACAUGAUGAUGAGGCCGACUUCAACAACACGAGCCUGUCAGUAGCGUUGGACCAGCGACUGGAGGACGGAGCGGCAGGCAGCAUGAGAGGCCCGGGCGGCCGCAACUGGCAGCAGCGAUUACUUAUGACCGGCGCCAACGCGCAGUAUACGAGGCGACGCACUCUUAGCAACGUGACAGCUGUAUUUGACAAUUUCAGUCUGCCAAAACCAACACAACCUAUUCAAGUUACCAAAGAUGCACUCAGCACCCUGGAGACUACUAUUGCCGAGACUUAUUUGGAACACAAGGGCGACCCAUUGGUUGGCACGAUUGAGCCCAGCAUGUACAUGGGGAGGCAUAAAACCGAUGUUGAGACACCAGUGGACGACGCACGUCCUUACGUUUAUGAGAUUAUCAAUAACCUGAUUGCGGUACAUGCUGAGGUGGAUAGCAUCUGCGGUGCAGCAUCAUCUCGCUACGUCCGCGACAUCUGCGAGACGGUGUGCGAGGAGUUGGCUCGGCUGGCAGCUUGCGCGCCUGUCGCAACCACGCGCUCUGCGGCGCUGCAGGCACGGCUUGAGUACACUCUGCUCAGAUUUGCCUGCGCUGAGCAUCUUACUAGGAAAGCUGAAAACUACUUGAUGGAGGCAUUGGCUGGAAUUCCGCCACUAGAAACUGAAGAAGAUAAAAACAGGAUGGACGAAUUAAUUCAAGGUUUCAAGAAACGCAUGGAACUUCAACUAGGGAGCCUUAAUUGCAACAUGGAGACAGUAUGAUAACUUAAGGUGUAAGAUACAUGUUUUUACGUUUUGGAAGUCGCACAAACGUGUGUCGUACGCAAGAUACAAGCAACCGGUGACAGUGUCCGUCUGCCGCAACUGGCGACUGUGUCCGGUUGUCGCAACUGGCGACU